GACUCUACAACCACGUAAGCACUCACAACCCACAAUAGCCAUGGCGCCGUCACUCGAAGAGCCCGUCCAGGUGGAUUUCGAGGCGCCCCUCAAAGCAGCGCCCAAGCUCGUUGCGCCCGAGCCCGAACACUGUCCUGGACCCGAAUCAGCCACAGCUGGUACAGCAGACUCGUGUGCAGGAUGCCCGAAUCAAGCCAUAUGCGCAUCAGCGCCCAAAGGCCCCGACCCCGACAUUCCGCUCAUAACGGCGCGACUCUCGUCGGUCAAACACAAGAUACUCGUCUUGUCUGGCAAAGGGGGUGUGGGGAAAUCGACGUUUAGCACGAUGCUUUCGCACGGGUUUGCAGCGAAUCCCCAAUCGACAGUCGGCCUCAUGGACACGGACAUCUGCGGACCCAGCAUCCCAAAGAUGAUGGGGGUAGAGGAAGAGACGAUUCACGUUAGCGGAGAAGGUUGGGAGCCGGUAUGGGUGAGCGAGAAUCUUGGGGUGAUGAGUGUGCAGUUUAUGCUGCCGAACCGUGAUGAUGCGGUUAUCUGGCGGGGUGCAAAGAAAAAUGGGCUGAUUAAAAAGUUCCUGAUGGACGUGACGUGGGGUGAGCUGGACUUUUUGAUUGUCGACACGCCACCAGGCACGUCGGACGAACAUCUGUCGGUGAACUCGUUCCUCAAAGCUUCGGGCGUGGACGGCGCGGUGCUGGUAUCGACACCGCAGGAGGUGUCGCUUCUUGACGUCAGAAAAGAGAUUGAUUUUUGCAGGAAAGCGGGGAUACGGAUUCUAGGGAUUGUGGAAAACAUGAGUGGAUUCGUGUGUCCAGGAUGCAAACACGAGAGCCAGAUUUUCAGGGCGAGUACAGGUGGUGCGGCGAGAUUGGCAAAGGAUGAGAAUAUACCGUUCUUGGGCGCGGUGCCGCUGGACCCAAGAAUCGGCAUGGCGUGUGACUUUGGCGAGAGCUUCUUGACGGCAUAUCCAGACAGCCCGGCAUGUGGUGCGAUUCAAGAGGUGGUGCGGAGAGUAGCAGAGGAAAUAGGGUUGAGCCGGGACGAGGUGCUACCUGUGGACGAAGAAGCGUGAGCUAGUGAGCAGAUGCAUGGCACAGGCGUUAUUCAUGGUUAUUAUUCUUUAUCCAACUUCAGCGAGCAGAUACCACGAAUAGGAGUGUACCAACACAGCAGGACUUGAUUGAUGGAUUGGUUUGUAUCGACGCAUUCGGACCGCCAGCCAUUGAAGCCGGGUCGUGUGCGGGAGUGGCUUACGAGAGCGCUGGACGCAAGCGUGGUUGAUCGGCAUUUGCAUUGGGCAGCGGCCGUAUGAUGAUAGCCUGUGGGCGGGUAUCACUUUUUGUGCGGGAACACAGGGGCAAUGUAUGUGCAUGUGCGUAUGUACGCAUGCAGUCUUCC